UGCUGGUCAGGGUGGAGUGAAAAGCAGCUGCUGGCAACAAUAGCCAACCCUUAGCCAAGACCAAAUUCUGGUUCAGCUCUAAGGGCAGAGAACUGGUGGAGCCUUUCUCAGCCUCACAGGACUUCAGCACCUGAGACAGCUCCAAUAUUCUCCUGAACAGAACGCCUUGGAGGGUCACUCAGAGGCAAGGUUCAGAGAUGGAAGCCAGAAGGAAGCCCCAGCUCCUUGUGCGCCUGACGCUUUUCAGCGUGCUCUUCUCACAAACGCUGGCAUGGCCUCUUUUGGAAGCACCUUUUCUGAGAAUACCAUACGAAGGAGCAAAUGAACUUGAUCAAGCUUCAUUAAAAGCAGAUACUGACAUCUUGCCAAAUGCAUUUGCUGAAAAUGACAAGGAUGCCAGACGUGCUGAUGGAGUUUUUACCAGUGACUUUAAUAGACUCUUGGGUCAACUUUCUGCCAAAAAAUACCUUGAGUCCCUUGUUGGAAAACUAGAUAGCAAUAAUGUAUCAGAGGACCAGGGACUGAUCAAACGUCACUCGGAUGCUGUUUUCACUGACAAUUAUACCCGCCUUCGAAAACAAAUGGCUGUAAAGAAAUACUUGAACUCCAUUCUGAAUGGAAAGAGGAGCACUGAGGGAGAAUCUCCUGACUUUCUUGAUGAGUUAGAAAAAUGAAAAAUUUCUUUGAAAAAUGCUGGUGACAACUUCCCAGUGAAUUUUCGAAGAAAAAUGAUUACGUGAAGUAAUUAUAUUUUGAGUUCCACAUGAGUCAUUCAAGAAACGUCUUCAAUGUCAAAACCAAAUAAAAUACUGUUAUGAAUAUUGUGAUUUAUUUAUUCUAAUGUAAUAACUGUGAUGUUUCCAUUGCAAAUAUUAUUUGAGAGUUCUUAAAUUUGUCUUUAAAUAGUGAAAAUCCUGUAAUUUCAUAUGCUGUGUAUCCUUUCUAACAAAAAUAUAUUUAGUGAUAAGAAAAUACUAGGUUAAUUCCACUUAUACGAGGCUUUAUGGAAGGGUAGUAAUAGAGCAAAAUGGAUGUGUUUAUUUAUAGAGCAUACUAAACCAUUCAGAAGAGUGGAGGAGAUCAUCAGGGUGGCCACAUUUGAAUGUGAAAUAGACAGAAUGCUGUGUUAAAUAAACCUCAAAAUGUCUAAGAGAAUGCCAACAAAAUAAAAAUGAUUUUCUUCAAAUAAGACUUUUCAAAAAAUGUCAUGCACUCCCACAUCAGUAGGAACACUUUAUUGUGAAUGAGAUUAACAGCCUCUCAAAUUUGGAUCUAUCAUUUCCAAAGGCUCUCUUUUGAAGUUGUGUUCCAGUGAAGGAGACGGGCCUCUGCCUCUGCCAUGCUUCUUUUAUGCCAUGGUCAGUAUGUGUAGAAUGUAAACUGAGUGGAGCAUUUGUUUUUCAGUAAUACUUUUUUUUCAACAAUCACUCAAAGAAUGCUUUGAUCGCAGCAGCUUCCAUCAGUGAAAGUAUAUUUGGAGACACAACUAUUUUCCUAAAAUGAUUGUAAGAAACUGAAUAUAGAAAAUAAAGACCUUUGAUUAUCAU